GGCGGUGACAGUAGCGGCAGUAGUAGUAGUAGCGGCAGCGGCAUCGGUAGUAUCGACGGUGGCAAUUGUAUUCCGGAUCCGCCUGUCGGCGAGGCGCCCAGCCUCCAUCUUCCGAACCCGGGCUCGCAUCUUGUCCGGCGACAAUGGCGGCAGAGCUCGAACAAUUCCAGCAACUCCUCAAUACGCUUCUGAGCACUGAUAAUGACGUGCGGGCUCAAGCCGAGAAAGCAUACAAAAAUUUACCAGUGGAAAACAAGGUUCAGUUACUGCUUCAAUUUAUUUGUGAUGGUUCCGUAACAGAAGAUUUACGAGGCAUGGCGGCAGUCUUGCUUCGUAGAUUAUUUUCUUCAGAAUUUGUAGAUUUCUAUCCAAAGAUUUCACCCGAAGGACAAGCGCAGUUGAAAGAGCAAAUUUUAUUAGCAGUUCAGAAUGAGCAGUCACCUAAAGUUAGGCGCAGAAUAUGCGAAGUCACUGCAGAAGUUGCUCGAAAUUUAAUCGACGAAGAUGGAAAUAACCAAUGGCCUGAAUUUCUUCAGUUCCUAUUUCAGUGUGUAAACGGUCCUAUACCAGCUCUAAAAGAAAGUGCUCUGUGUAUGUUCACGUGUGUCCCGGGAGUUUUUGGUAAUCAACAAGCAAACUAUCUAGAUUUAAUCAAGCAAAUGCUGCAACUCUCAGUUAACGAUUCAUCUAAUUAUGAAGUACAAUUUCAGUCAGUAAGAGCAAUUGGUGCUUUUAUAAUGCUUCAUGACAAAGAAGCUAAUAUACAAAAGCAUUUUUCCGAGCUUCUACCAUCAGUCGUAGUUGUUACAGCCCAAUCUAUAGAAAAGCAAGAAGAUGAUACUUUACUGAAGGUAUUAAUAGAUUUAGCUGAGUCAACUCCAAAAUUUCUAAGACCACAAUUGGAAAGCAUAAUGGAGAUGUGCAUGAAAGUCUUCUCCAAUGAAGAUAUGGAAGAUUCUUGGAGACAACUCGCGCUUGAAGUUAUCGUAACUCUAGCCGAGACAGCACCAGCAAUGGUUCGAAAGGUUGGUGGGAAAUACAUUUCAGCAUUGGUACCAUUGGUUUUGAAAAUGAUGACGGAUCUCGAGGAAGACGAGGAAUGGACUUUGUCAGACGAAAUUAUUGAGGAAGAUAAUGAUAUCAAUAACGUAGUAGCUGAAAGUGCUUUAGAUAGAUUAGCCUGUGGUCUUGGUGGUAAAACAAUGUUACCUCAAAUCGUUCAAAAUAUACCUUCGAUGUUGAGCAGCGCCGAUUGGAAGUAUAGACAUGCUGCUCUUAUGGCUAUAUCUGCUGUUGGUGAAGGGUGCCAUAAACAAAUGGAAGCUAUAUUACCACAAAUUAUGGAUGGAAUUAUGCAAUAUUUGCAAGAUCCACAUCCCAGAGUGAGAUACGCUGCUUGCAAUGCCGUCGGUCAAAUGUCCACUGAUUUUGCACCAACUUUCGAGAAAAAAUUCCACGAUGUCGUGAUUCCGGGACUAUUGCUGGUUCUCGACGACAACGCGAAUCCUCGAGUACAAUCACACGCAGGUGCCGCGCUCGUUAAUUUUAGCGAAGACUGUGCAAAAAAUAUCCUCAUGCCAUAUUUGGAUGCAAUUAUGGGAAAGCUUGAAUCUAUCUUGACAACCAAAUUUCAUGAAUUAGUUGAAAAGGGUACAAAACUCGUUUUGGAACAGGUGGUUACAACAAUUGCCAGUGUUGCCGACACGUGUGAAGAACAAUUUGUAAAAUAUUACGAUAGAUUAAUGCCAUGUCUCAAAUAUAUUAUUAAGAAUGCGACUCGGGAAGAACAUAAAGUGUUACGUGGCAAAACCAUCGAGUGCGUGAGUCUUAUUGGCUUAGCUGUGGGAACGGAAAAAUUCAUAGGAGAUGCAAAUGAAGUAAUGGACCUACUACUCAAAACACAUACUAAUCUUCCAGAAGACGAUCCACAACUCAGCUAUUUAAUAUCUGCCUGGGCUCGUCUUUGUAAAAUUCUAGGACAACAAUUUGAACAGUAUUUACCACUUGUAAUGGGUACUGUUUUACAAACGGCAGCAAUGAAGCCAGAGGUAGCUGUACUAGAUAAUGAGGACAUGGAGGACGUAGAGAGUGACGUCGAUUGGCAAUUUGUCUCGCUAGGUGAACAACAAAACUUCGGCAUUAAAACCGCGGGACUCGAAGAUAAAGCAUCCGCUUGUGAGAUGCUUGUGUGUUAUGCAAGAGAACUAAAAGACGGUUUUGCCGAUUAUGCUGAAGAGGUUGUACGGCUUAUGGUUCCCAUGCUCAAGUUUUAUUUUCAUGACGGGGUCAGAACUGCCGCCGCCGAGAGUUUACCGUGUCUUUUAGAUUGUGCUAAAAUUAAAGGUACACAGUACUUGGAAGGUAUGUGGAAUUACAUUUGUCCAGAUCUCUUGAAAGCCAUUGAUACAGAACCAGAAACAGACGUUUUGUUGGAAUUACUGUACUCCUUGGCCAAAUGUAUCGAGACUUUAGGCGCUGGCUGUUUAGGGCCACAAUCGAUGACAGAAUUAUUACGUAUUCUUGAUAAACUGUUGAACGAACAUUUCAAAAAAGCAUUUGCUCGAUUGGAAAAAAGAAAAGACGAAGAUUAUGAUGAUGUAGUCGAGGAGCAGCUCGUUGACGAAGACAACGAAGAUCUAUACACAUUGAGCAAAAUAACCGACAUAUUCCACGCACUCUUUAUUACCCAUAAGUCCACCUUUUUCCCCUACUUCGAUCAACUGGUCGGUCACUUCGUGAAGCUGCUGGCACCCAGCAGGUCCUGGUCAGAUCACCAGUGGGCCCUUUGCGUCUUCGACGACGUGAUCGAGUACGGUGGCCCCGAGUGCGCCAAAUACCAAGAGUUCUUCCUACGGCCAAUGAUUCAGUACGUGUCGGACAAGUCAGCGGAGGUCAGACAGGCGGCAGCCUACGGUUGCGGUGUACUCGGUCAAUGCGGGGGCGAGGCUUUCGCCCAGGCGUGUGCCGAGGCGCUACCCAGGCUUAUGGAGGUUAUCAACGAUCCGGAGUCGAGAGCGGCUGAAAAUGUCAAUCCCACGGAGAAUGCCAUCUCUGCAGUCACGAAAAUACUGAAGUACAAUAACAAAGCAAUCAACGUCGAUGAAAUUCUGCCACAUUGGUUAUCUUGGCUACCGGUUGUAGAAGACGAAGACGAAGCUCCACACGUUUAUGGAUAUUUAUGCGACUUAAUAGAAGCAAACCACCCUGUAGUUUUAGGCCCUAAUAAUGCAAAUCUACCGAGACUUAUCAGCUUCUUUGCUGAAGCAUUAAAUGAAGAUGUUGUACCCUCUGACAAUCCUGUAAUGGCCAGGAUUCUUAUCAUUGUUAGGCAAAUUCAGAGCAACGAGUCAAUGUUCCAAGCGUGUAUAGCUGCUUUAACAUCGAAACAACAGCAGGCCCUACAUGAAGCUCUGAGUGCACAAAUCGCAAAUUAAAAAGCUUUCGCUUAUAAAAUCUUUCGAUUUUAAUGAUAUAACUAAAACACAAAAAUAUCUGUGCUUUUCCAAAUCUAAAUAACUGGAAAAUCACUGAUGCAACUUAGGUAAUCAAUAUCUUACCUACUCUUCUACAAGCAAAAAAAUAAAUAAAAUUUACGCCUCACGCAGCCUGAUAACUAGCAUACAGAGAUAAAUACAGGUGUAAUAGACUGUUUUGCUUAUUACUGUUAUUGUUGAUUAAAUAAUUUUCUUCAUUAUGUUGUAACAGUUCUAUCAGAACGACUAGAACAAAUUACCACAUAAUAGGAAAUCGUAAAUUCACUAUCUAUUGUCUCGUAAAUUAUGUCAGUUUAUAACAAAAAUGAAUUCUCAUUUACUUCACAUAAGUUCGCAAUGACGAAAUGACUAUUUUUGUAACCUACGUUAUUAAAUAUUUAAUUAUCUAAAGAAUCGUUGUUUAAAAAAAAAAAAAAAAAUAUUUAAAAGGAGAAAGAAGUAUUAAACUAUUACAGAAAUAUUUCCGAAAAAUAUUUAUAAAUUCAUGUUUCACCAGCCAUUAAAAAUGAUCCAUAUUAUAAAAACAUAAGUGUGUAUGAUUCAUUGUAAAUUUUUAUAAAAUCUUUUUC